AUGCGUUUAAGUUCAAAUUCUACGCAGAGCUCAUUUAUAGAUACUCUUCAUAAUCAAAAAUUGUACGAAAUGAGAGUGAUUAAAACGAUACCUCAGUUUAACGAUAAAUAUAUUAAAUUAUCUGAACAAGGUAUCCCAAUCAAGAAAAAUUUCGCCAAACUCAUUGGUUGCUGGAACACCGAAUUUGGAGAAUUAAAUACGAUAAUCCAAUUAUGGGAAUUCGAUUCUUAUCGUGAAUACAAAGAUAUCAAGGAAAAAUUGGAAACGGAUGCCAAAUGGCAGAAAACAUUUGUCGAUAAAGCGCCUCCAAUGCUGAUUAAAGAAGAAAACAUGACAAUGAGAAAAAUUUCCGAUGAACCCUUGUCAAUGAUCGAGGAUCCAGGGGCAGAUUCAAGUAAUCUACCAACUGCUCAUUACAGGCUGAAUAUAUAUGCUUUGACAAAUUCAUUGGAUCGUGGUGUCCUCAAAUUUAAGGAAAUAAGAGCCAAAUAUUUUAAAUCUUUCACCGACGACAAGAAAGAUAAUGGCAGUGUUUGUGUGUCUCAUUUGGGUACCUUUUUGCCAGAAUCGGAUAAAAUGAACCAAUUGUUUGAAUUUGUGAGACAUAACAAUAUGGAUGACAAGACUUUUUACAAGAAAAGAUCAGAACUGCAACAAUUAAAUUCUCAAUUGUCAGAUGUAGCCCAACUGGUUAGUUCUCAAAUUCUACUCCCUUUGUCUUUCUCACCUUUAAAAUGAAAUCGAACGGAG